AUGGGGUCCAAUCUGCCUGCCCAACCGAAUCUGAGGGUUACAAUUAUCGCUGCUGACGGGUUAUACAAGCGCGAUGUUUUUCGUCUACCCGAUCCCUUCUCCGUGGCCACCGUUGGAGGUGAGCAAACGCACACGACAUCAGUGAUUAAGAAGACGUUGAACCCGUAUUGGAACGAGAUGUUCGACCUACGGGUCAAUGAAGAUAGCAUCCUCGCAAUUCAGAUAUUCGAUCAGAAGAAGUUUAAAAAGAAGGAUCAAGGCUUCCUUGGCGUGAUAAACGUGAGGAUCGGAGAUGUUAUCGAUUUGCAGAUGGGGGGUGAUGAAAUGCUCACCCGAGACCUCAAGAAAUCCAAUGACAACCUUGUCGUGCAUGGAAAGCUUAUUAUCAACCUAUCGACUAACCUCAGCACGCCGAACACUAACCAGGCGAACGGCUUGCAUCGAACACAACUCGGUCCUUCGACAUCAAGUGGACUUGUUCCACAGGUUGCACCAACCCCGUCGCUACCCCCGGCUGGCCCUAGCUCCGUCGAUCAAUCGGCAACUGCAUCGAGUGCAUCUUUGAACCCGCAGCGUGUUCCGUCGACUACCCGGCCGACCAGUCAGCUUGCCCCUCCCAACGGUGCACCGCCGAUCCCUAAUGGACAAGGAGCUCCGCGCCCCAAUCUCAGUUCAUUCGAGGAUAACCAAGGGCGACUGCCAGCUGGCUGGGAGCGACGUGAGGAUAACCUGGGAAGAACCUAUUACGUGGACCACAACACUCGGACUACUACCUGGAACAGACCAUCAGCCAAUUACAAUGAACAAACGCAACGUAACCAACGGGAGGCUAACAUGCAGUUGGAGCGGAGAGCACACCAAAACCGAAUGCUCCCCGAGGACCGGACUGGAGCCAGCUCACCCAACUUAUCGGAAAGCCAGCCACAAGCUCAAACCCCACCAGCCGGUGGUAGCGGUAGCAGCAACAGCAAUGUGGUUUCCAUGAUGGCGACAGGGGCUACCACUGCAGGCACUGGUGAGCUUCCACCUGGUUGGGAACAGAGGACCACUCCGGAGGGCCGGCCGUAUUUCGUUGAUCACAACACCCGCACCACGACCUGGGUCGAUCCGCGACGGCAGCAGUACAUCCGGAUGUAUGGCCAGAAUGCCGCUGGCGGUAACACCACCAUCCAACAGCAACCCGUUUCUCAACUCGGACCACUACCUAGCGGUUGGGAGAUGCGUUUGACGAACACAGCUCGAGUGUACUUCGUUGACCAUAACACGAAGACAACUACGUGGGAUGAUCCUCGCCUUCCAUCUUCGUUGGACCAGGGUGUUCCGCAGUACAAGCGUGACUUCCGACGGAAGUUGAUCUAUUUCCGGUCACAACCAGCAUUGCGCAUCAUGUCUGGCCAAUGUCACGUUAAGGUUCGCCGGAAUAACAUUUUCGAAGACUCAUACGCCGAGAUUAUGCGCCAGAGUGCUUCUGAUUUGAAGAAGCGUCUCAUGAUCAAAUUCGACGGUGAAGACGGCCUGGACUAUGGUGGUCUUUCUCGUGAAUUCUUCUUCCUCCUUUCUCACGAAAUGUUUAAUCCGUUCUACUGUCUUUUCGAAUACUCUGCGCACGAUAAUUAUACCCUACAGAUUAAUCCUCAUUCUGGUGUCAACCCGGAACAUCUGAAUUACUUCAAGUUUAUUGGGCGGGUUGUUGGUUUGGCGAUUUUCCACCGUCGCUUCCUCGAUUCGUUCUUCAUUGGCGCUUUCUACAAAAUGAUGCUGCGGAAGAAGGUGUCGUUGCAAGACAUGGAGGGAGUUGACGAAGAUUUGCAUCGCAAUCUGGCGUGGACUCUUGAUAACGACAUCGAGGGCAUCAUUGACUUGACCUUCGCGGUCGACGACGAAAAGUUUGGAGAGCGCCGUACAAUCGAGCUAAAGCCUGGUGGUGAGGACGUACCAGUGACUAAUGAGAACAAGCACGAAUAUGUCGAGCUGGUUACGGAGUGGAAGAUCGUGAAGCGAGUAGAGGAGCAGUUCAAUGCGUUUAUGUCUGGUUUCAAUGAACUUAUUCCGGCGGAUCUAGUCAACGUGUUCGAUGAGCGCGAGCUGGAAUUGUUGAUUGGAGGUAUUGCCGAUAUUGAUGUCGAUGACUGGAAGAAGCACACAGACUACCGCGGCUACCAGGAGCAGGACGAAGUCAUCCAGAACUUCUGGAAGAUUGUUCGCACCUGGGAUGCGGAACAGAAGUCUCGCCUGCUUCAGUUCACUACGGGUACAUCUCGUAUUCCAGUCAACGGUUUCAAGGAUCUCCAGGGUUCCGACGGGCCAAGACGAUUUACCAUCGAGAAAUCUGGAGACCCAAUUGCCUUACCCAAGUCGCACACAUGUUUCAACCGUCUUGAUCUUCCACCGUAUAAGACACAUGACACUCUAGAGCAUAAAUUAUCUAUUGCUGUGGAGGAGACAUUAGGAUUCGGGCAGGAGUAG